CCGUCAGACGAUCAUAUGUCAUUCCGAGUUAUCCUUCACUUACGCUAUAAGCUUAAUUCCUGGCAUUUAUCUAUUGUAAAAUCAGACAUAUUUUAUAAAAUAAUAAAUAAGUGUUAAUUAUGGCUUCUAGUGAGACAUCGGAUCAAAAUGUGAAGUCUCGGCGGCCCGCAGAAUCUGCAUUUAAGCAGCAGCGCCUGCCUGCUUGGCAGCCCAUACUUACUGCCGGAACUGUACUACCAACGUUCUUCGUGAUUGGAAUUGCAUUUAUUCCAGUUGGGAUUGGGCUCCUAUACUUCUCAGAUGAGGUCAAAGAGCAUGUAAUAGACUACACAUAUUGCAUUAGAGAAGGUGAUGAAAGCAACACAACUUGCGCCACCUAUAUACAAAACAAGACUUUGUCAGAAUGCCAAUGUUCAAUCUCCUUCAAUCUCACCGAGGAUUUCAAGGGGGAUGUCUAUUUCUACUAUGGGCUUAGCAACUAUUACCAGAAUCAUCGACGAUAUGUUAAGUCAAGAGACGACAACCAGCUGCUGGGCCGGCUGUCGCUGACGCCCUCGUCGGACUGCGAGCCCUUCGCGUACGUCACCCAAGAUCCCAACACGCCCAACGCCAGGAAGAUACCCGUGGCGCCUUGUGGGGCUAUAGCAAACUCCUUGUUCAACGACACGCUGACGGUGUGGUCGGAGGACCUGGGCCGGACCGUGCCCGUGAGCCGCACCGGCAUCGCGUGGGACUCCGACAAGACCAUCAAGUUCCGCAACCCGGCCGGGGACCUCAGGACUGCGUUUGCCAACUUCAGCAAGCCGGCUAACUGGGCCAAGAACAUCUGGGAGUUGGAUUUGGAAGACGACAACAACAACGGUUUCCAGAACGAGGACCUAAUCGUGUGGAUGCGUACAGCCGCUCUGCCGACGUUCCGCAAGCUGUACCGGCGCGUCAAGCACGACGAGCAGGGCUUCGCCACCGGCCUCGUCAAGGGACUCUAUACUCUCAAAGUCGAAUAUAGAUACCCGGUGAUCGAGUUCGACGGGACUAAGUCGUUCGUGAUCUCGACGACGUCACUACUCGGCGGCAAGAACCCGUUCCUGGGCGUGGCCUACAUCGUGGUGGGCACGCUGUGCCUGCUGCUGGGGAUCGUGCUGCUCGUCAUACACGUGCGGUGCUCCAAGAGGUAACUACUGACCUAUAGUGAACCUUACGUCUUUGAGAUAAGAUCUAAUGUUGCUCGGCGGCGAGAACAUGUUCCUGGGCGGGGUACCUAAUGAUUCUCCGAGAAACUUUUAGCAGAUUAUCGAUUCGCCGACAACGAUUCGCCGAACAUCGUUUCGCAGAGUCAUUUAUUUGUAAAUGUAACUUUUGGUCGACUAACGUUACGUAGACUCUUGGUUCACAUACCGUUCAGUUCGCUUCUGUGUAAAUUAGCAGAACUAUUACUGGACGAUUUCCAUUUGGCAGAGUAAUCGUUUCGUUUAAACAAUGUUUAGU